AUGGUUAGAUAUUACAAAUUAAUGGACAAUAAUGGUCUUGUUGUUGUUUGUGCUGCUGCAUACUUCUUAUUUUCCUCCAAGAAACCCAAAGUGUGCUUGGAUCUCGAGAAUUUUAAGGAGUUUAAGUUUGUGAAGAAAACGCAACUCAGCCAUAAUGUGGCAAAAUUCAGAUUUGAACUUCCUACACCCACAUCUGUGUUGGGACUUCCUAUUGGACAUCACAUUAGUUACAGGGGUAAAGAUAGUCAAGGUGAAGAGGUCAUUAAACUAUACACUCCAACUACCUUGGAUUCUGAUGUUGGAAUUGACUAA